UGCCUCUCCCAUGACUGUUUGGGACAGCAGGUCCCCCCCAACUCCCAGGGUCCCUGGCCCGGGACAUGCCAGGAGGAACCAGGCAGCCCCCACAUGGUCUCUGAGGGAGGAGGACAGACUAGCUCAGUGUGUGGGAGGCUGAGGACAGGCAUUGAGUCACUUGCUCUGUGGCCACGGCACAGCGGCUGCAUCAGUCUCCUCGGUGCUGGGGGGCCCUGGGGGAGUUUCCAUGUCACCGUGGACAGGGCUUUCCCAGGUACAUGCAGUCAGCCCUGCUCAGCCUAGAGGGAUGGCUGUCCCCAUGGCCCAGAGGACAAGCUUGGCUGCACAGGGUCCCUGAUGCUGGUUGCUUGGUCCGAUCAUCUGUAUCCCACCUCACCUAGGCCUGGUCGUGCCUGCGUGCUACGGCCCGGGCAGGCUCUUGCAUCCACACGUGCAUGCCCAGGGGAUGUGACUUGUGACUCGGGCUUUGCUUGCAGGCAUGAGAGAGCAGUGACAGGGAAUUCCAUGGGCGCGGGGUCCUCCCUCUCCUCCGCCAGCCCCACAGCUGAGACCCUGGCUCUGCUCAACCCUGCGACCCAGGACAGUACCCAGCAGUCGCCCAGCACGGGUGGGUCCCCGGAAAAACCAGUCUCUGCCCUCUGCCCCUACAUCAUCCCCCCUGUGGUUGUGGUCCUGCUGGGCCUGUCCGUGGCUGCUGCAGUGCUCUGCAGGAGGCACUGCCGGACUUCAGGCAGGCACCUGAGCCAGGAUGACAUCCGCGCUGCCGAAGUGGGGGUUCCCCAAAUCCAGCCCAUCAUGGGGGGGUGCCAGCAGGGGGCUUCCAGGCCCCUGGCAGGGGGUGCAUGGCACCCGCUGAGGGAGGCACGCACCUCCUUCAAGAUGUGGAGACACAAGCAGGGCCUGGCCCGUGCCCUGCAGGGCAUGGCCCUCAUGGAGCUGAUCAAGGAUGGCAAGCACGGCCAGUUCUACCGCGCCAGGCUGAGCACUGGGAGCCGCCGGGGUCACAAGCUGGUCACCUGCAAGAUUGGGCGCCGGGGCCUGCCGGCAGCACGAAUGGAGCUGGAGGUGAGGAUCCUGACGACGCUGGGCUACCACAAGCACAUCUUGCAGCUCCUGGAGUGGAAUAUGGAGCAAGAGCCCUAUGUGCUGAUCCUGGAGCACGCCGGCCUUGGCACGCUGCGCACCUUCCUCCGCUCCCGCCGGGAGCAGCUGCGCAGCUGUGGGGACCUGCAGGCUCUGCUCACCAUGGUGGCUUACCACAUCUCCCUGGGCAUGAAGCACAUCGCCGACAAGCAGGCAAGUGCCGGCAGGUGGGUCCACAGCUCAGGGGAACCCACAAGUCUGGGUGAGCUGCAGGGUGGCAGGGAGCAGAAGGUGCUGCAUCGGGACCUAGCACUUCGCAACAUCCUGGUCAGUGCAUUCCCGCAUGGGUGCAAGAUCACUGAGUUCGGGCUGGCCAGGGAGCUGGGCCAUGAGGGCUCCCUCCGGCACCCAAAGGUGGAGGUCCCCUUGCGCUGGUACCCCCCCGAGUACUUCCGAGAGAGCGUCUAUGGCCUGGCUGGUGAUGUCUGGGCCUUUGGGAUCGUGCUGUGGGAGAUGGAGAUGCUAGGCUGCUCCCCAUACCCGUACCUGGACAACUCUGAGACAGUGAUGUUCCAAGUGUGCUCGGGGUACCGGAUGAGCAGGCCACCUGGAUGCAGACAGCAAAUUUCCAGGCUCAUGGAGCAGUGCUGGGCUGACGACCCCCGUGAACGGCCGCCCUUCUCUGCUAUUGCCCAGGAGCUGGAGGACAUCGUGGAGGAGGAUGCGGACUACCUGCAGCUGGAGGACAGCCGCCAACCCCAGGGCCCGUCCCUGCUGCCAGCCUCUCUGAGUACAGCCGGGGGGCUGGUGGGCGACAGGGACGCCAGAGCCGGGCUCUACACCUGAGAAGCCGCGGCCUGGGGCAUGAACGGCUGCACUGGCACCUGAGACAGGGCGCUGAGCUGAACCGGGUCGCGCCCGCGCGCAGGGCAGCAAAACCCUGCCGCGUCGGAGCGGGGCACGGACAGCGCCGCGCCUGGGACGUGGAAGGAGAAGCUUCGCCGCCUGCAGCCCAGCCGCAUCGCCCUGCUGAGGCAGAGGGACCUGCCGCCGGACU